CUGGUAGCACAGAGAGAGAGAGAGAGAGAGAGAGGCAGCAGAGAGCAGAGACACUCAUCUUCUGCUUGCCUUUACAGUGUACACAUCACCGCUCUGACUGCAGCUUUCUCUAAGAAAAACCCACAUAAGAGGUUUUUUCUCUGACUUUUUCCACUGCUCAAGGCGCAUGCUCAGACUAACAGACGGUGCAGUUGUUUUUUAUUCAGGAACUCAGAGACAUUGAAAGUUUUUAAAGAUGACCACUUCAUGGAGUGACAGACUGCAGAACUAUGCAGACCUGCCUGCCAACAUGGAUGGCCUGACAAUGAAAAAAUACAGGAGAGAGCCCUACCACAGAGUGUUUGUCAACAGAAGCUUGGCAAUGGAGAAGAUUAAGUGCUUUGGCUUUGACAUGGAUUACACUUUGGCAGUGUACAAGUCACCAGAGUAUGAGUCACUAGGCUUUGAGCUCACAGUGGAGCGGCUGGUUUCCAUUGGUUACCCCCAGGAACUGCUCAGCUUCGUAUACGACCCGUCCUUUCCCACCAGGGGCCUUGUGUUUGAUACCAUGUAUGGAAACUUGUUGAAGGUUGAUGCCUACGGUAAUAUCUUGGUCUGUGUCCAUGGAUUUAACUUCCUCCGGGGCCCUGAGAUCCGUGAACGUUACCCAAAUAAGUUCAUCCAGAGGGAUGAUACAGAGCGCUUUUAUAUCCUCAACACACUCUUCAACCUACCAGAGACCUACCUCUUUGCCUGCCUAGUGGAUUUCUUCUCCAACUGUGACAGAUACACAAGCUGUGAAACUGGCUUCAAAGACGGCGACCUCUUCAUGUCCUAUAAGAGCAUGUUCCAGGACGUCCGCGACGCUGUCGACUGGGUCCACUUCAAGGGCACUCUGAAGGAGAAGACGGUUGAGAACUUGGAGAAGUAUGUAGUGAAAGAUGGGAAGCUGCCUCUCCUCCUCAGCCGAAUGAAUGAAGUAGCCAAGGUUUUCUUAGCUACCAACAGCGACUACAAAUACACUGAUAAAAUCAUGACCUACCUGUUUGACUUCCCCCAUGGCCCCAAGCCUGGUACCUCGCACCGGCCCUGGCAAUCCUACUUUGAUCUGAUCCUUGUGGAUGCCAGGAAGCCACUCUUCUUCGGGGAGGGUACUGUGCUCAGACAAGUCGACACGACAACAGGGCGUCUAAAGAUAGGAACCUAUACAGGACCACUGCAGCAUGGGAUAGUCUAUUCUGGAGGUUCGUCAGACAUUGUGUGUGACCUGCUGGGGGCCAAGGGGAAGGACAUAGUGUACAUCGGGGACCAUAUCUUUGGAGACAUCCUCAAGUCCAAGAAACGUCAAGGCUGGAGGACGUUCCUGGUCAUACCUGAGCUGGCCCAGGAGCUGCACGUGUGGACCGACAAGAGCUCGUUAUUCGAAGAACUGCAGGGCCUGGACAUUUUCUUGGCUGAGCUCUACAAACAUCUGGACAGCAGCAGUAAUGAGAGGCCAGACAUCAGCACUAUUCAGAGGAGAGUCAAGAAAGUGACACAUGACAUGGACAUGUGCUACGGCAUGAUGGGAAGCCUUUUCCGCAGUGGCUCCAGACAGACCCUGUUUGCCUCCCAGGUGAUGCGUUACGCCGACCUGUACGCGGCCUCCUUCAUCAACCUGCUGUACUACCCCUUCAGCUACCUCUUCAGAGCUGCACACGUACUGAUGCCCCAUGAGUCGACGGUUGAGCACACCCAUGUGGACAUCGACACAGAGUCACCGCUGGCCACCCGCAACCGCACCCACUGCAGCGACUGCAAGGACCAUGAGUGCAAACGCAACCAGCUGACCCGCUCCUUCAGCGAGAUCAAGCCUCCCAACCUGUUCCCCCAGACUCCCCAAGAGAUUACUCACUGCCAUGAUGAGGAUGAUGACGAGGAGGAGGAAGAGGAGGAGGAGGAGGAAGAGGAGGAGGAGGAGGAGGAAGAGGAGGAGUAAUAAGGUUGACAUGGAGAGAUGAGGGGCCACGCUCCUCCUCCUGCCUACUUAUGUUUCCCAGUAGAGUUGGGUAGUGAUCCCUCUCAAAGAGAGGCAGGGAGGAAAAAAACAUCUCCAGUGUGUGUGUGCGCAUAUAUCAAUACUGUAUGCACUCAAACACACACACACACACACACACACACACACACACACACAUACUGGAGAUUUCUGAGGAAAGUAUAAAGGACCAGUAGCAAGACAGAUCAUACGACUGUCAGAAGACUGUAUGCAUUCUAGGUCCAUUAUAAAAAAGAAAAAGAAAAAAAAACUUAAUAGAUUUUAAUUGAUUUAAUUUCUGUAUUAUUUUUUCCCAUCAGACAGACAGAACACACACUCAAGCAAGCAUCACACACUAUGUUUCAUUAUGUUUUAUAAGCUGACUUUUAAGACCCAUUGGUGGAGAUGCACUUCAAACCAUCAGAUAUGGUCUGUAAACUGUAGUUUUAAUCUGCCUUGCUGACACAGUAUGCACAUUAGAAUCAAAUCACUUUUCAAAAACAAACAUUUUUUUAAUGCAACGUGGGAACAACGUUCAGUUUGUCAUUGUUUCAUUUUGUCCGUUUACUCGUCGUUAUAGAGGAGUCAUUUGUUCUGACUUGUAUGUAAGGGUGUGUGUGUCUGUGUGUGUGUAUCUGCCAAAGUAGACUCACUUAGACUGUAGCAUCCUGAGUGACUGUGAGCUAAGGAUCUGUUGUAGUAAAGUGAAGCACAGGAGCACUGAAGCACAAGCUGCUUUUUAAACCGAUCAAUAACCAGAUGCAGUUUUGUUUGAAGUUUGGUUGAGAGAACAUGUGGUAUACAAGUGGCUGUUGAACUGAUGUUUUGUUACCAAGCAACAACGAGGACAGAGUACUGUAGCCGUGUUUUAUGCCGAUAGUCUCUAUGACAACCCUGAACUACAGUAGCGUUUCUGUAAAUAGCCAUCAGGUGAAUGUGCUUUUGCCAUGUAGUGAGUUCAUGGUUUACUGCCAUGAACAUCCAAAGUGCAGUAUUUCUUCAGCUCAGUUAUUUAGGGAGAUGAAACCUCAUAAUUGUAUUUGACUAUUUCAGAGGGUUUUAUUUUGAUAGGGGAAAUAUAAAAUACAAGACAGUUUUGAGCAGUUCAAGCAACUUAAAGAUGUGUGAAGUGUGACAGUGGCCUCUGUAUGCAGGGAGGUGAGGCUUUUUAGGAUGUAUAGUGUAAAGUUCAGUUCAGCAGGUGGACCUGGCUUCAGACUGUAAUUAGCCUGCUUUGUUUAUCUCCAUGGCUUUGGAGCUUUGUUGGAUGUUUUUUUUUAAAUCCGCUGACUCAGAAUUGUAAGUAUCAUGGGGAAACAUGUUGAUAGAGUGUGAGGAUGAGUGUGUACAUUAUUCUUCUGUUAAACACUGUCAGGUGACAUUUUGUGAUUGUGUUGGUUCUAGCUGUGUUACUAGUUUAGAACUGGAUGAAGAUCUCCCCUAACCCUAACCCCAAAUGCUCCCCACAGGAGAAUUAGCACCACCAACUGUUCUUAAUCUAAAUGAGCCCACUCCUAAUUUUUACAGUAAUGAAUUGAAAUCUGCAUGAAUUCACUUUUUUUGUAACUUCGUUGAAAUUUGUGCUAAAUUUAGAUGUAAACUUGGUAUGUGACCAAGCAACCCACUGGCUGUCAUAAGAUUGGGAUUCAUUUGUUGCUAAAUCCUAAGUGGUGCAAACAAGUAUGCAACAUAAUCUUUGUCAGACUGAGCUCCACCCACUUCAAUCUAGUGAGAUAAGCACAGUGGAAAAAACAAGCUCAGAUAUCUCUCUUGUGAAAUAACCAAGUGUUAUCUGUGAGAAAAUGGUGUGUUCAUGUAGGAUGCUGUUGCUCACAGUGAAAAGAUGAUAAGUUUCCAGGCACAGUAUCACUGGCAAUGUACGUGUGUUCGAAUGCAUCAGUGUUUGUAAGCAAAACACCAACUGAGCUACCUGAAAUUCAAACACGGUGACUUGAUCUUUUCUUUUUUAGCAUCCAGUCUGUCCUGUACAUUAACUUUCCUCACCUCUCAUAUCCUGACAUGUCGCAUCAGUCUUGUUAACUGUUGAUUGAGGCCACAAAAGGGAAGGAACAUGCCGUCUGCUUUUUGCAUUGUUUUUGGUGUGGCUUGAUGUGGAGUGCAGAGAGGUGAAUGUGUUUAACUGCAACUUUACGUAACGAGUCAGUGGAUAAAAACCUUGUAGGACAUUAAGAGACACAUUACAGUUUGUUCUCUUUUUCCCCUUUCUUUCUUUCUUUCUUUCUUUCUUUCUUUCUUUUGUUUUUUUUACAAAUGAAAUAUUUGUAUUAUCAGUUUUGACAUUUGUUUCUUGAACAUAGAAUAACUGGAUAUGCUAUACAAGGCAGCUGCAUCGCUAAUGAGAAAUAGUCAACUGUCUUUUCUUUGCAGAAUUUGCAUAUGCAUGUGAAAGUUAAGAAGCAUAUCCGCUCUGCCACGGUGGUUAUGGUAGCAUUGGUUUUACUUCUAUGUGGACUGCAUCAUUUUUAGGAAACAGCUUUUCUGACAUUUGUCACUGUAGUUUACACAGGGAGAAAAAAAGAACUCUAAACCUGUUAAAAAAAAAAAAGCUUAAGAAGGGAAAUGUGAAUAGCAUGUCAAGUACCGCAACUAAAAUGUUACUUGUAAUCAACACCAUGGGGUUAUUUUUAUUUUUCUAAACUAGUGUUUUUAAAUGGUCUCGGUUUACAGAACUGUAAAUAGACCUUUCCAUUUCUUUUUCUUAUCUUUUUUUCCAAAUAACAUUUUUUUUUUGUCGUUAAUUUUUAUACCGUACCACAGGAGUCUGCCGCUCAGACUUUGAACUAACUAAAGCCUUGUGAACAGUCACAGUGCUUUAGAAGAUUUUUAUCCAUUGUUGUGAUGCCUAGAAUGCAUCCACAUUAACACCAGGUGCCAAAACAGUCACCUUUCAUUUUCUAAACUAUGGUAACCUUCUGUUUUUAUGCAUAUCAAUUCUAGUUAUGUUCUCCUGGACAGUGUUUUGUUUGUUGGUUUCCAGAAAUUAUCCUACAGACUGUACAUUAUGGUAAAAUACAUAAAAAUGUAGAAUAAAGAUAGUUUUUGAUAA